CCGCGCAUUCCGCCCUCGUCAGUGCGCCAUAUAUAUUCGUUGCCGGCUAGCCGCCCGCAUUCUAGCGGCGUCGUCAGUCUAAGACCGGUCUUUCGCUCUAAUACCUCGUUCGUGUCUAUAAAGUAAAACCCUCAUAAAGCAUCGGGGCCGGCGCGCGAGGAAUUCCCGGGUCCGUGCGGUUCUCGCGGGGGGGAUCUUUCAAGUUUUAUUCGCCGCAGGUGAGAGGGGGAGGGGAGAGAACGACGACACGCGGGCAAUCCGUUUCAGUCAUUCCGUAUGCACCGGGCCACCUCCGAAACGGUCGGUGCACCCGUCCGCGUCGGAAACUGUGCGGGAAUCGGGGAGAAUCGAGAAGUGAUCGCCGUCGAGGAGGAGGAGAAGUUCUCGCGAUCGCGAGAACCGAAGGACGGGGAGGACGGGAGUGCGCAGCGGAAGUGAACGUUACCUAAGUGUUGAGGCGCAGUUGUUUGACGUGUUGACCAUUUAGAGCAUCAACCAUUUUUUCUGGCCUUGGUAUUUGUUCCUAUCUCUAGAAUUAAAGGGCUAAAAUAAAGAAAAAAAGUUAUAAGGUCCAAAUUUCGACCCGGGAAGAGAAAAAACGGUAAAGGAAUUUGCGGUGCGAGGGAUUUUUCAACAGCGGUUCUUCACGAGCACUGAUCUUUCCGCGCGCCCGAGGAUGCAGACGGACCGCGACGAGUGUUACGGCAGGCUCUGCUCGUCGGAGACCCUGCGCUCCGGCAAGAAGGGCUUCUUCCACGACUUCAGCGACUUCGUGACGCAAACCGCCGGCGACGCGUGGACGUCGCGGAUAUUCGGUCGGAUUGACAGCGACGAGGGGCGCGUGCGGGCGGUCUUCUCCGAUGCGAAGUUACGGGACGUCGUGGCUGACACUCUCGCCAAGGUGAAGCUCCUCUUCCGGGAUAAGGACGCGGAGAUCUCCAGGCGCAGACGGCUCGAGGGAUACCAGCUUGCCGCGGUCGGCCAAUACGACAAGGCUCUUUUGCUGUUCAGUCAGGCCGUCUUGCGUGCGCCCCAAUCAGGUAAAAGCAAGACGGUUGAUCAAGGUCUGGCGUUGCCGCUGGCGCUGCUCGGGAGAGCCGAGAUCUUUAUGGCCCUCAAAGAAUACCAUUUCGCCCUGGAGGAUCUGCUGCUGGCUGCGGAACACGACUUGCCGGAUAAACCGACGCGGGAACUACGGCGCAGGAGGGAGGAGUGCGAGGCCUUCCUGAGGAGCAACGAGAGCUCUCCGGCGCCCUUCGAUCCCGCCAGCAACCACGUCAACAGAGUGGCUCGGUUAAUCUCGGACGGUCAAGGAGGUACGUUCUCUCGCAAUUCCUCCGCGAGCUCCGAUUCGUGAACUCGCGAAACUCAUUUUGCCCGAGAAUCCUCCGAUGCGAUCUUCUCUCGUAUGCGCCUUACCGUUGCGAUCGGAGCCACCUGUGCGCGUUUCGAGCCUGCUUACGUGUGUACACGGUCAAAAAUGUUGUGUUAAUCACGUUGACGCAAAAUAAAAUUUUGCAUCCUAACUGAAAUUGGUGUCACUUUAAGGUGAAUAUGUUAAAAAGUAACAUGUUGACGAGGUAAAUGCGUUAAUUUAAUGUACAUUACUU